AUGAGAUCCUCCGCUCGCUGGCUGGCCCCCCGUCCCUGCCGGGGCAGGACCCCCAUGGCUGGCGAGUGCCCGUGGACUGCGUGCGAGCCAACGAGCUGUGCGCGGCAGAGCCCAGCUGCAGCUCCCGGUACCGCCAGUGCUUGGCCGGCCGCGACAGGAACACCAUGCUGGCCAACAAGGAAUGCCAGGCGGCCCUGGAAGUGCUGCAGGAGAGCCCCCUCUACGACUGCCGCUGCAAGCGAGGGAUGAAGAAGGAGCUUCAGUGCCUUCAGAUAUACUGGAGUAUACACCUGGGGCUGACCGAAGGAGAAGAAUUUUAUGAAGCUUCCCCCUACGAGCCGGUCACCUCUCGUCUCUCUGAUAUAUUCAGACUCGCUUCAAUUUUCUCAGGAAUGGACCCCGCCACCAACUCCAAAAGCAACCACUGCCUGGACGCGGCCAAAGCCUGCAACCUGAACGACAACUGCAAGCGCCUGCGCUCGGGCUACAUCUCCACCUGCAGCAGGGAGAUCUCGGCCACCGAGCACUGCUCCUACGAGGACAAGGAGAAGCCCAACUGCCUGGAUCUGCGCAACGCGUGCCGGACGGAUCACCUCUGCCGGUCCCGGCUGGCCGAUUUCCACACCAACUGCCAAGCUUCCUUCCAGUCCCUGACCAGCUGCCCUGGGGACAACUACCAGGCAUGCCUGGGCUCCUACGCCGGGCUCAUCGGCUUCGACAUGACGCCCAACUACGUGGACGCCAGCCCCACCAGCAUCACCAUCUCACCCUGGUGUUCCUGCAAAGGCAGCGGCAACUUGGAGGAGGAGUGCGAGAAGUUCCUCCGAGACUUCACGGAAAACCCCUGUCUCCGAAACGCCAUCCAAGCCUUCGGCAACGGCACCGACGUCAACCUCUCCCCCAAGAACCCCUCGCCCCCCAUCACCCUGCCACCGAAGACGGAGAAGAGCCCGGCCUUGCCGGAUGACAUCAAUGACAGCAACACCAUGUACGACACGAGCGUCAUCACCACCUGCACCUCCGUCCAGGAGCACGGAUCAAAGCUAAACAAGUCCAAAGAGCAGAGCCUGUGCUACUCAGAGACGCAGCUGACCACGGACAUCAUGCCAGACCAGAAGACCUUC